AAUGGACUUUCGGCUACAGCAAAUGUAACCGUUGCAGCCGACCAAUGUUGGCAGUGCAAUAAAGGCAUCAGACAAUUGAUUAUUGCGGCGCAUGCCGAAGAGGGAGGAUAUUCAACAGAAAACGAGUUUGUGGCGUUGCGUUGCAGAAAAGAGGCAGCAACAACAAAUACAACAACGACGAGAACGUCAAUUUGUGUCCAGCAGUAACGGGAGUUGUUUUUGUCACACGAAAAAAAAGUGCACCUUCAGGCAUCUCGAUAAUCCAGCAUGGCCGACCCCGAAAGGCAGAGCUUGAUCAACAAUGAUGAUUCGAUCAUGUACACGUCGUCCGCUGCCGUCGACGAGGGUGCCGAGAAUCCUGGCAGCAGCACAGCCGCAGCCCCAAACGAGGAUGGCAAUGGGGCACCGACGGCAGUACCUUGUAUUGGACCCGAUGAGCUGCCACCGCCCUAUCAGCAGAGCAGCAACACUGGAGGUGUGCCAAUGGUCACCUGUCGGGUGUGUCAGCACAUGAUUGACAUCACCACGAAGAGGGAGCAGCAUGUGGUCAAGUGCACCCAUUGCAAUGAGGCAACUCCCAUUAGGAACGCUCCGCCGGGCAAGAAGUACGUACGUUGCCCGUGCAAUUGCCUGUUAAUCUGCAAGAGCUCGUCGCAGCGCAUCGCUUGUCCACGACCCAAUUGCAAGCGAAUCAUUAAUUUGGCCCCAAGUCCCGUCACCCCACCCGUGCCAACCAUGCCGGGCAUGUGUCGUGUCAUCUGUGGCCACUGUUCGGACACAUUUUUGUUCAACACCUAUCACAAUGCCCUGGCCCGCUGUCCACAUUGCAGAAAGGUCUCCUCGGUGGGUUCGCGCUUCGCCAACAGCCGCGGCCUUAUGUUUGCCAUUGUGGCGUUGCUGUUCCUUGUGGCAGGCAUUGCCGUGACCAUCGGCACAAUCUCGUAUGCAUCGGCUCACGGCGGCAUGUAUAUUCUCUAUGUGGCAUUGUUUGUAAUCGCGGCGAGCAUGUUGGCCCGAUCCGCGUACUAUUUCCGCCUUAAAGUGAGCGCCAUUGAUGGGCCCAUGUAAGAGUCGCGUUUGCGGUGCAAGAACAAAAGUGCAUUGUUUUAUUUUUAUAUAUGUAUAUACAUAUAUAUAUUAUGCAUAUAUAUCAUUCCUUUUGAUAUUAAAUGUAACCCGCAAUCUAAACAAACAAACAAGCAGCCCAUAGCAGACGAAACAAUGAACAUUUCACCAGCAGGAGCAGUCCACUUCCCAGCCCCAAAAGGAGUCAAAAUGUUGAACAAAUAUUAUGAACAGCUAGCUAAAUUAUCUGAGAGGAAGACAGUAGCCAG